GAGAAAUCCUCUUGGGAUCCUCAAUUGUGAUGUCAAGCCUCAUCAAUUAAGAGGCUCCAUCCAUUACCAGUAAUGAAGCAAUGAUCAACACAAUUGAGCAUCGGAUUUGACUAGUCACAACCAAGGCAUCGACAGAGGACACCAAGACACUCUCUCUUUUUGGAGAUAGUCUUGAAUGAAAAUUUUCUUCUCUUUGGUUAAAGCAUUGCUAUUGUUGGUUGCUGCGAUUCGAUUCCAACAAUCGGAUUAAGACCUUGGGAGGGGGUAUCAAAAAGAAUUUCUUGACCAUUUCUUUUUGGAUAGAGGUUGGCAAAUAGGUCAUGUCAUCCUCUUCCAAGAAGCCUGGGCAGAGUGGCAGUGGCAGUGGCAGUGGCAGUGGCAGUGGCGGAGGGAAGAAAGCGAGUAAAAGUCUUCUUGAUGACAGCAGCGAGGAGGAAGAAAUUGUAGAAGAAACAGCCACCGGUCCCAUUUUAAGAGCAUCUUCCAUCACUGGCGCCUCCAGGACAAGCCAUCGAGGCAACCUAGGCACAAAUAGUUCCCACCGCACUACUGCCACCAGCACUGGUAUAAGACGUUCAGGGACCAUCGAGGAUAAAACUCGAAGGAGUCUGUCACCGAAAGCUCCAGGGAUCAGACGAUCUGCUACUACUGAAUAUAGUCCUGGUGCCUCUCUGGCUGCUGUCGGCGCCAUGGCAGGUGCGACCAGUACCAGCAGAACUUCAACCUCGUCUCCUUUCAUGAGGAGAGGAAUUUCAGCUCAAGGAAGAGUUUCUCAAAGCAAGACGAAUUUAUUAGAUGAUGACAGUGAUCUAUCGGUCAGCGAUGAUGAGAAAGACAACAUGGCAAAAGCCAUGCAGCAAAUGACAACCGCUCAUCGGCAGGUAUCACCCAAGCCUCAUUCAGCUGUCAUUGACAUGGACUUUUUAAUGAAGGACAAAAGUGAAAAGAGCCAAAAAAAGACCACAUUCGCUCCUCAACCAGACCCUGUCUUUGCCUUUAAUGAUCCACUGGCUCCUCCCAAGUUCUUGCAACAGGACUUUUCUUUGGGAGUGGCCACUGUGGACUUGAACAUGGAUCGAGACGAUUUUCAAGAACCAGGUUCUGCUCAUGGUUCUCCCAUCAGGGUACUUACCAAAGAUAAAACCUCACCAGUGAAUCCCACCAAGAAAAGUGGGUUUGCCAUGCCCUUUGCGAAAUUCUUUGGAGGAAAGUCGUUGAGAGACUCCCUUUUUGGAGAAUCAAGCAAUCGAAAAGAAAGAUUGGGCAGCACUGUCCUUGCAGGCUUUGGAGAAAAGUUUCAGGUCGAUCAAAGUGUCAACCUCAUGGACAGAGAAACAGGCGCAAAGACACCGUAUCGAAGGAGUGGACAGCAACGGCGAAAGUCACGCCAGAGUCAAAGUGGACUUGGUUUCGGAGACAGUUUUCCCAAUCUGGGCCGUGAUUCCAUUCUCGCAAAAGAUAGGGGAAGGACGUUGCGAGCCAGAACAGUGGAGUGUAUCCUCAUCUUUGUUUUGCCUAUUUUGCUCGUUGCCAUUUUCGUCCCGGCAAUCAUACACUUGGUCUGGCCAAAGCUGCAAGAGUCCAAGAUUCCACAUGCAUCCCGCAGUCCCACUGCUGCCCCAACAGAUUCCCUCGCUCAGGAGGGAACAACUCCUGCUGCUGCUGAAUCGGCUGUCGAUGCAGCUGUUGGAGCCUUGGUGCCACAAGAUAAUGCAACCAGUGCACUACUGGAUCUCCUUGGAGACGGAGCAUCCGCUGGUGCGGACGCGCUUACAAAGUCCUUCAAGUCAGGGAAUAACAAACAGCCACUGGGGCAGAACGGCCCAAAAGCCAACAAUGCAAGCAACUUUACAGUUCCAGGUCCUUUUCAGUACAGUGGAGGAACCAAUUUCACAAACAUAACACAUACACACCCAGCAACUCAUCCUCCUGGACUCUCCAUGGCCAACGACGAACGUUGGCUAACCUUGAAAGGUUUGAUUGUACGAUCAGGGUUAAGCAGUGAAGAUGACUUUUACAAUCUGCAAUCGAGUGCUUACAAAGCCUUAGAAUGGAUCGUGACGUUUGACAAGACUUUGGACAAAUUCUCCAGUGAUACAGCUUGGUCACUGCUGGAAAACUACGCAUUGGCCGUGUUCUAUUUUGCCACCCACCCCAACGCAAACCCAAGUGACGCCAGUAAGCGUACAACUCGGGUCACAUCCCACAGCAAGAAAGAUGGUGGGAUUGAUUGGAUCCACCAGACAAACAAAAAGGUUUGCCAUUGGCAUGGUUUACAUUGUAAUCACUUGCAUCGUGUUGUUUCCAUGAAUUUGACUCGAAGUUCUUUGAGAGGUACUCUGCCAUCCGAACUGGUGGGCCUGAGUCAUCUUAUCGACCUCGAUCUCAGUCGAAACCAUAUCGCAGGGACAAUCCCUCCAGAAUGGAGCCAAUUAUCGUUUUUGAAGCUACUGACACUCGCAGACAACGAGUUGGAAGGCCCGAUUCCGGAGACAUGGCAGGCACUGGGCGAACAGAUGGACAUGCUGGAUCUGAACCAGAACGAACUGUCAGGAACGAUAGCUGGCAUUGAUCCGUGGUCAGGCGAAGAAGAUUAAGCUUAGCCGUAAUUCUGCCUCCAGAAUCAGCGCAACUAAUGUAGGACGCAACAAAGUCCAUCCAUAGGAUUGCCUCCUUGUAAGGGGAAAUGCUGCUGUCCCCGACUCGACUCGAGUGGCUGGGCGUGAUGCUCCGUGGCAGGGCAUAGCUCUGCCAUGAUAAGAACUCUUCUGCUUCGACGAAUCUCAUACCGGCAGGCUAUGCUUCGUAUUGAUUAGCAUGUCAAUUCGAUCUGCUUUCAGCUGAGCCCCACAAGAUCGAUACAGAUGCAAUGCCUUGGUAAGAUAGUUGUUGGCGUCUAUCCAUCUCCCGGCAGCUUGCAGCAUGAUACCUGCCUUCUCGCAGGCCAAAGCAUGCUCCAAGCUAAAACCUUCGCGUUCGGCGUAGAUAAUACUCUUGUCAUAAUACAACAGCGCGGUUGAGUAUCGGCCAUGACAAAACUCCUGUUCGGCUUUGAGUAGGUGAAGCUUGUUCACUACGUUGUUUGGGCAGUGAAUCAUUAAUGAGUUCAACCUCUUGACGAUCCUUUCAGCCUCCGCAAUCUUUGAUGACCUUGCACGGCCAGACGAGACUCUGGAGAGAUCGAGGGAGACGAGACCCCUCAAGAACGUGUGGUAGGUGGUGAAGAAUGGAAUCAGAAAAUCCUUAAAGCCUCCUUUGUUUGUGCGAUAGAGGCGAUCGGCUGCAUCAUAAUCGUUCAGCAGAGUUGCCAACAUAAACUUCAGGUGCAGGAUGAUUGACGCAAUGGUCUUAACGUUCUCCGCUUUCAGUUGCGCCAGCUUUUCCUCUUCAUUGAAGGAAUCCCCUGUCAGCUUCAAUGCGUCUCUUGCACACCCUUGCAUAUUCUUACAGAAUUGAAGGGCACAAGAUGUGACAGUCAACACUUUCAGUUGUCCGUAGGCAACACAAAGGCGUUCGAUCUUCACUAGGGCAGUCACCACUUCAUCAAAUGGAUCUCCAAAGAAGAUCCGAAAGAGAUUAUGAAACGCAACUGAAACCAUUGCGAUCUGAAUGCGACAAGAGCCGCGACAACGCCAGUGAGAACAUCCAGUAGCAGACAUACAAUAGCAAUGCUGUCAUGCAGCAGUAUUUCUGACCUCGGUAUCUCCAUUGCGGAGAGCAAGUUGGUGGCAGUCCAUGAUCGGACCAAGCAUACAGCGCCAAGGAGAUGCCACCGUCUGAAUAGAGACCCAGAAAAGGUAACGAACUUUGGCCUCCAGCUGGUUUGAAGGAUACUUCUGCGAGAGAGUGAUAGCCAAGUUUCCGAAGCGGGCAGCAUCAUCCACUUCUCCAAGUCUUACCUAAUGAAAAUAGACGAUUCCAGCGAGGAAAGUGCGUGAGGUGGGGGCGAACACACACUGGUUCUGUAUAGAAGGCACUUACAAGAGUCACGCUGUACAUAACGAAAGCAAUGGCCGCUGGUAGCACGAAUGGCAGUGUCAGCUCUGGU